CGGCACGCCAAUAACUUACAGGCUUGACUUCGAACUACCACCAUGGCAUCGUCAGCUUUACCACUCAAAGUCAAUCCUCCUGCAACUCCGAAAGCAACGCCCAAGGCCCAAGAAAAGGAAAGAGAUGCAGCACCAGUGCCAGCGAAAGUAUCGGUAGGAGUGGUGAAGGAUAUAUCCAGCCCUCAUGAACUGACCGCUUUCGUUGAAACAUUACUCGAGAAUCUGGACGCAAAGUUCGACGAAAUGUCGACACAAAUUCUGGAUCGCAUGUCCCAAAUGUCGACAAGGGUUGACGCUCUCGAGGCUUCGAUUCAAGAUAUAAUAAACGGCGACGUCAGUGUACCCCAAUCCCCUUCGCCUGGCCCGGGUGUUCGACGGAGUGAUAGCGGGAUUUGACCGACCGUAGAUAUAUUCUUGCAUAAAUAUCCAGCAAUAUAGCCUAUCAACGCCGGACGAUAUCGAUACCCUAACAACCGUGUACAAACUAUAAUCUGAUAUCUUUUUCGCUUCAGCCGCGCUCAGCUAGUCCUGAAAAUUUGUUCGUGUCAAGGCUCCAACAUUG